AAAGAAGUGUUGGUUAGCUUGGCGUGUGCACGCGUCGCAGUCUGUGCUGUUCAUUUAGUGUAUGUGCUGAAGGUGUUGAAUAAGUGCCCAGGUGUGUGUGUGUGUGUGUGAUCACUGAUAUACUGUAAAUGAUGCUGUUUGGACUCUCGGUAACCGGGAUCCUGGCGCUCUCCGUUGCCGCGCUUCUUUGCGCGCUCGUGACGCGGAUCAUUAUUAACCGGCGCGCGCUCCGGUGCUUCAACCAGCCGCCGCUCAGGAACUGGAUUAUGGGCCACAUGGGGCUGAUGGGUCAUAAUGAGGAGGGUCUGCAGCGUGUGGAUGAUCUGGUCUGUAAAUACGGUCAUUCCUGCUCCUGGUUUCUCGGCCCCUUCUAUAACAUGGUUCGUCUGUUCCACCCGGACUACAUCAGAUCCCUCCUGACCGCCUCAGCUUCCAUUACUCUCAAAGACAGGAUCUUUUAUGGCUUUAUGAAGCCCUGGUUGGGUAAUUGUCUGCUGCUUCAGAGCGGUCAGGAAUGGUCUCGUCACCGCAGACUGCUCACUCCAGCGUUUCACUUCGACAUCCUCAAGAAAUAUGUUCACAUUUUUAACCAGUCCACCAACAUCAUGCAUAAGCCCCGUCAGUAUAUCUCUGCUAUCCUGGAUCUGUCUCGUCUGCUGGUCCAGCGUCAGCACUAUCUGCCGUAUCACUGGGACUGGCUGUACUGGCGCUCUGCUCAGGGUCGUCGCUUCCAGCAGGCCUGCGCCGUCGUCCACCAGUUCACCGCAGACAUCGUGCAGGAGCGCCGAACGCAACUCGACCAGCAGAGCGACCCAGAAUCACAUCCAGAAAACACUGGACGAUACAGGAAGAGGAAGAACACAGACCUCAUAGACCUGCUGCUGCUGGCCAAGGAUGAUAAAGGUGAAGGCCUGACGAAUGAGGAAAUCAAAGCCCAUGCAGAUAUGUUCAUGUUUGCAGGUCAUGACACCACCGCCAGCGCUCUCUCCUGGAUCUUCUACAAUCUGGCCAUGAAUCAGGAUUAUCAGGAGCGCUGCCGAGCUGAAGUCAGAGAUCUGCUGGCAGACAGAGACACACACACCAUCGGGUGGGAGGAUCUGAGUCAGCUGACCUUCACCACCAUGUGCAUCAAGGAGAGUCUGAGGCUUCAUUCACCCGUCCUGGCGCUCACCCGAUACUACUCUCAGAACAUGAAGACGCCAGGAGACUGCGUUAUCCCACACGGAUGCCUGUGUUUGAUCAGUAUUUAUGGUGUCCACCGAAACCCUCAAGUCUGGCCGGAUCCACUGGUGUUCGACCCGACGCGCUUCGACCCACAUAACUCAGACAGCCGCUCUCCUCACGCCUUCAUCCCGUUCUCCGCAGGUCCCAGGAACUGCAUCGGACAGAACUUCGCCAUGGCAGAGAUGAAGGUGGUGGUGGCUCUGACUCUAGCCAGGUUCAAGAUCCUGCCUGGGCCCAAACCAGUGCGGCGUCUCUAUCAGCUGGUGCUCAGAGCAGAAGGAGGAAUGAUUUUACACUUUCAGGAGCUCAACGAGGAGUAGGGAUAAAGCCAUCAACACAAAUAUGUGACAAUUCAAUGAGUUACAUAUUAUAUACGAUGGGGUAUACGCAUACAGACUUUUAAUUUCAGUCAGCCAGCCUCAGGGCUUCUGGUUUAUCGUCAUCCCGUACAAAAUCGCUGCAUUUAAGAUCUGAUUUAAAAAAAAAAAAAAA